AUGGGAACGGAAAUUGAUUUGAGCUCACACCAGGAAGAAGAGGUGGCAUAUGCUCUGGACAAUGCCAAGGUUCCCUAUUGCAUUUGGGGUAGACCGUUACUAAGGAUCUAUGGAGACAGCGCAACGCAGUUUUCAGGAUGGGUCAUUCCAGACGACCGCUUGGAGGACGCAUCAGAAACAUUGGUGUCCAUUGGAUAUAGGUUCUGCCAAAUAGGAGAAGAAUGCGAUAUCAUGCAAAAUGGAAACGGCUCGCACCCCCAUUCCGACUACCAUUUCCAUCCUGAUGAAGUUUUGCAGCACUCUCCCAGGAAUGGGCUUCCGACAGUGACCAUCAGCCUCUACCCCAAGUCGAGUAUACUGUGGUCUUUCCCAGACCCCCCUGUGGGCCUUCCUGAACCGAACGACGCUUACUACAUGCUUGCCUCGGAUGAAAGACUCCCAUGUCACAUCGGCGCCCCGCUUUCCCCUUGGUUGUCCUGGGGUCGCCGGUCACCCGAACGGUAUCCAUUGAAGAUUCCCAAGCCCAUUAAAUAUCUCGAGAACAUGGUUGCUCGUCGCUGUCGCGCCCUGGACGGAAGUGAAGAUCCCUACCAUUGGAUGAAGGAGAUUUACUCACUCGUGAAUAUAAUGAUGUCCAACAGAAUACCAAACCUUCUGUUCCUGGAUGGCGUGUCAUCACCGUUUGAGAGAUACUUGGCUAUAAUGUGUAACGAUAUUUAUCCCCUAUCCAAGCGCAAAGAAAAGGCUUGGGAGUAUCUUCACGUUAUGUAUGCUGAUCUGAAGAAUAACUUCGCGCUGCCACCUCCAGGAAAGCAGUUCUUCAGGGCGGGGGAAGAUUUGAACACACGCAUCGCAAAAUGGCAAGGUUUCUGCAAUCGCCUCGCAAAAUGGAAGAUUAAGGUUUUGGAACACGAAGAUUAG